AAUUGGCUGUGUCGGAUAGUGGUGGGUUUAACGACACAUUUAUAGUUAUGCAAUCUUACCCAAAAGAAACAAACUUAUAUUACGGAUAAUAGUGGUGGCCAAAGGCUGCGUGUUAAACUGUCCAGGUGUCCCUGUUCGGACUCAGUGAUUCUUAGCAGCCGCUGCUUCUUCACUGACCCCAACGAUAUCACAACCGGUGGAACCAGUGAGGGACCGGAGUCCGUGGUUUAUGUAUGGCAGACGUGAGGGACCUUUUUAAAUCGUACUUUGUCACGCUUGACAAGGGUAUCUAUCUACCUGACAAAGGGAAGGUUCCAUGAUCGCACAAGGUGUCAACUAAUUACAGUUCACAGUUCACUCCAAUAACAGACGCCAACACUAUCAACUACAACUGCAUUCCAUCAUCAACACCACGCAACUACAGUGCACCGCAGUAAUAAUAAUAGCCACAAUGCUAGCCCCACAUCAGAACGCUGCACGCACAGUCUGCCACGACAACAACAAUGGCAACCACAAAGGCUACGUGGGUUACCAUUUUUGGCCAUUUGCACGAUAGUCAGCCGAUGGCCAGAGGCUGUGAGUAAAUAGUCAGCCUAGGCUGAGAAGAGGUAGUUACACCAUAGGCAGUGAGUAGGUAGUCAGCCUAGGCACUGAGUAGGUAGUCAGCCUAGGCAGUGAGUAGGUAGUCAGCCUAGGCAGUGAGUAGGUAGUCAGCCUAGGCAGUGAGUAGGAAGUCAGCCUAGGCAGUGAGUAGGAAGUCAGCCUAGACAGUGAGUAGUCAGUCAGCCUAGGCUGUAAGUAGGUAGUCAGCCUUGGCUGUGAGUAGGUAGUCAGCCGAUGGACCUAGGCUGUGAGUAAAUAGUCAGCCUAGGCUGAGAAAAGGUAGUUACACCCUAUGCAGUGAGUAGGAUGUCAGCCUUGGAUGUGAGUAGGUAGUCAGCCUACGCUGUGAGUAGGUAGUCAGCCUAGGCUGUUAGUAGGUAGUCAGCCUAGGCUGUGAGUAGGUAGUCAGCCUAGGCUGUUAGUAGGUAGUCAGCCUAGGCUGUGAGUAGGUCGUCAGCCGAGGCUGUGAGUAGGUAGUCAGCCUAGGCAGUGAGUAGGUAGUCAGCCUAGGCUAUUAGUAGGUAGUCACACCCUACUAGGAUGUGAGUAGGUAGUAGAGCCUAGGCUGUUAGUAGGUAGUCACACCCUACUAGGCAGUGAGUAGGUAGUCAGCCUCGGCUGUGAGUAGGUAGUCAGCCUUGGCUGUGAGUAGGUAGUCAGCCGAUGGACCUAGGCUGUGAGUAAAUAGUCAGCCUAGGCUGAGAAGAGGUAGUUACACCCUAUGCAGUGAGUAGGAUGUCAGCCUUGGAUGUGAGUAGGUAGUCAGCCUAGGCUGUGAGUAGGUAGUCAGCCUUGGAUGUGAGUAGGUAGUGAGCCUAGGCUGUGAAUAGGUAGUCAGCCUAGGCAGUGAGUAAGAAGUCAGCCUAGGCGGUGAGUAGGUAGUCAGCCUAGGCAGUGAGUAGGUAGUCAACCUAGGCAGUGAGUAGGUAGUGAGCCUAGGCUGUUAGUAGGUAGUCAGCCUAGGCAGUGAGUAGGUAGUCAGCCUAGGCAGUAAGAUGGUAGUCAGCCAUGGCUGUGAGUAGGUAGUGAGCCUAGGCUGUUAGUAGGUAGUCAGCCUAGGCAGUGAGUAGGCAGUCAGCCUAGGCAGUGAGAUGGUAGUCAGCCAUGGCUGUGAGUAGGUAGUGAGCCUAGGCUGUGAGUAGGUAGUCAGCCUAGGCUGUGAGUAGGUAGUCAGCCUAGGCAGUGAGUAGGUCGUCAGCCUAGGCUGUGAGUAGGUAGUCAGCCUAGGCUGUUAGUAGGUAGUCACACCCUACUAGGCUGUGAGUAGGUAGUCAGCCUAGGCUGUGAGUAGGUAGUCAGCCUAGCCUGUGAGUAGGUAGUCAGCCUAGGCAGUGAGUAGGUAGUCAGCCUAGGCUGUGAGUAGGUCGUCAGCCGAGGCUGUGAGUAGGUAGUCAGCCUAGGCAGUGAGUAGGUAGUCAGCCUAGGCUAUUAGUAGGUAGUCACACCCUACUAGGAUGUGAGUAGGUAGUAGAGCCUAGGCUGUUAGUAGGUAGUCACACCCUACUAGGCAGUGAGUAGGUAGUCAGCCUCGGCUGUGAGUAGGUAGUCAGCCUACGCUGUGAGUAGGUAGUCAGCCGAUGGACCUAGACUGUGAGUAAAUAGUCAGCCUAGGCUGAGAAGAGGUAGUUACACCCUAUGCAGUGAGUAGGAUGUCAGCCUUGGAUGUGAGUAGGUAGUCAGCCUAGGCUGUGAGUAGGUAGUCAGCCUUGGAUGUGAGUAGGUAGUGAGCCUAGGCUGUGAAUAGGUAGUCAGCCUAGGCAGUGAGUAAGAAGUCAGCCUAGGCGGUGAGUAGGUAGUCAGCCUAGGCAGUGAGUAGGUAGUCAACCUAGGCAGUGAGUAGGUAGUGAGCCUAGGCUGUUAGUAGGUAGUCAGCCUAGGCAGUGAGUAGGUAGUCAGCCUAGGCAGUAAGAUGGUAGUCAGCCAUGGCUGUGAGUAGGUAGUGAGCCUAGGCUGUUAGUAGGUAGUCAGCCUAGGCAGUGAGUAGGUAGUCAGCCUAGGCAGUGAGAUGGUAGUCAGCUAUGGCUGUGAGUAGGUAGUGAGCCUAGGCUGUGAGUAGGUAGUCAGCCUAGGAUGUGAGUAGGUAGUCAGCCUAGGCUGUGAGUAGGUAGUCAGCCUUGGCUGUGAGUAGGUAGUCAGCCUAGGACUAGGCUGUGAGUAGGCAGUCAGCCUAGGCUGUGAGUAGGUAGUCAGCCUAGGCAGUGAGUAGGUAGUCAGCCUAAGCUGCGAGUAGGUAGUCAGUCCAGGCAGUGAAUAGGUAGUCAGCCUAGGCUGUUAGUAGGUAGUCACACCCUACUAGGACGUGAGUAGGUUGUAGAGGCUAGGCUGUUAGUAGGUAGUCACACCCUACUAGGCAGUGAGUAGGUAGUCAGCCUCGGCUGUGAGUAGGUAGUCAGCCUAGGCUGUGAGUAGGUAGUCAGCCUAGGCUGUUAGUAGGUAGUCAGCCUAGGCAGUGAGUAGGUAGUCAGCCUAGGCUGUGAGUAGGCAGUCAGCCUAGGCUGUGAGUAGGUAGUCAGCCUAGGCUGUGAGUAGGUAGUCAGCCUAGGCAGUGAGGAAGAAGUCAGCCUAGGCAGUGAGUAAGAAGUCAGCUUAGGCUGUGAGUAGGUAGUCAGCCUAGGCUGUGAGUAGGUAGUCAGUCUAGGCUGUGAGUAGGUAGUCAGCCUAAGCUGUGAGUAGGUAGUCAGCCUAGGCUGUGAGUAGGUAGUCAGCCUAGGCAGUGAGUAGGUAGUCAGCCUAGGCAGUGAGUAGGUAGUCAGCCUAGGUAGUGAGUAAGAAGUCAGCCUAGGCAGUGAGUCAGAAGUCAGGCUAGGCAGUGAGUAGGUAGUCAGCCUAGGCUGUGAGUAGGUAAUCAGCCUAGGCAGUGAGUAAGAAGUCAGCCUAGGCAGUGAGUAAGAAGUCAGCCUAGGCAGUGAGUAGGUAGUCAGCCUAGGCUGUGAGUACGUAGUCAGCCUAGGCUGUGAGUAGGUAAUCAGCCUAGGCAGUGAGUAGGUAGUCAGCCUAGGCAGUGAGUAGGUAGUCAGCCUAGGCAGUGAGUAGGGUUUGCUGCAAUAUUGUUGUUCAUGAUACCAUGUAAUAUACAAAAUUUAACAAAUGACAAUGAUUACAAUUUACAAUUGUGUUUGACAUUUUUGUUGGAUAGUUUUCGUGUCCUUCCCGAGCAAAUUAAGAUUACCUCAAAGUUCUUCAACUUAAUACGCUUACAAUCAAUAACUGUUAUAAUGAACAUGCUGUCAGUUAAACAUUGAGUAGUUAAACUAUAAAACAAACUGUGGUAUAAUGUAAAUGAUGUAAAUUCCUUUGAAAAAACAUUUUGCAGAUUACUAAUUUAAUCGGUAAUAGCCAUAUAUUUGUAAAUUGUAUUAUUGUUUCAUGACUGGUUUUAGGGUCAGAUCUCGCAGGUACAUUGUGUGUCGUACAUCUAUUCUCCACCCCACACUUCCAAUUAAUAAAGUUUUCGCGUGAUUAAUAAACUUGGCAACUUAUUACGGCUUCAGCAAUACCACUAGUGUGUGGAAGAGCGAUCCACAGCAUUGAACAAUUGACUACAGAUGUUUCCCUUAUAGUCACAACCAGCAUCACCAGGCAGUUGCCAGAAAUGUGCAUCGAAAUAUUGGUCAUGAAAUUCUACGUGUUAGAGUUUAUAUUAUUGGUGUUUUGUUAUUUUGAUAGGAAAUAAAAUACUUAAUACAUUAAAAUGGCAUAAAUAACAGUAUUAUAUGUUGCACAACAGACGAUACAAUGUUUGUGGUAUAUCAAAGUAUCACUAGAUUGCCACAACCUCUAGCUGCGAGUGCUUCAUCAUAGUACUCUUUGGUUCUAUUCGGUAAAGUCACGAAUAGAACCAAAGAGUAUGGAUCCUUGCAGUCACGAAAGCUUUAAAUCUAGAAUUCAUAAUAGUACUUAGUGUGAUCAUAGUUAUCGACACUUUGCUGGUAAAACUAACACGGGUAGAUAUCACCUGUACCUUAGACUUUUGUUUAUUUAAAGUUCUGCGAACAUGGCAAGUCUUGCAUUAUGCAAGACCUUGGACAGGUGACAAUAGCAGUCUUUAUUUAAAAGUGACUUUAUCUAACGCUUUCAGCAUCCACAGAGAUUAUGUAAGAUGUACAUGUCGAACAGCUUGGGUCAGAUUACUUUUACAUUCAACGGUUUUAGCACUCGGGGUGAUCCCUGUGAGUGUCGGAAUUUUACAGUGGAAUUGUGUUGCCCCGACACAAGCCCUGUAAUUAAACGGAGCAAAAUAGGACACAACUGUAGAAUCAGGCGUGGGUACCUGGAUCAGGUUCGUUACCCUGCACCCAGAUUGCACUGCCAUUCCAAGCAGCAACCUGGGAUAGCAAAACAUGCAACUGAGCAAAGGUGAAAGACAAUCAAUAUUAUCUUAAUGAUUAGAUGUGGGUGCUAAAGGAAUGACGGGUGGGUGAACAUUGAAUCUUGCGAAUAUAAGGCAUCUAGGUAAGUCAGUGUAUGGAAUUUAACCUCUUCCGAAGGUUUGCUGUAAAAUCAAUUGACUUAGCGCAGCAUGAACAUCGUCGUGGCUCUGGCCGCGGCGCUGUGCGCAGCCGUGGAGCUGAGUGACAGCUCGCGAGUGAAGUUGAUCAACAACGGCUACGAGGGCCUGGUCAUCGCCAUCAACCCAGCCGUGCCGGAGGACCCCCAACUCAUCGACGCCAUCAAGGAUAUGGUCGGCGAUGCUUCUGCCUACCUGUUCAAGGCAACGAACCGCCUGGCGUAUUUCAAACACGUCAGCAUUCUAAUUCCAUUUUUCUGGAGCUCACAAUCAAACUACACACGACCCAAAUACGAGUCCUAUGGCAAGCAAGCAAUUACAGGGCUUAAUGGUAAAAUAAAUGGGAACAAGCCAGGAGCAUUCAGUGGUGUCAGGUAUUUUGAUGCCAGAAUAGUAAAGUUUGGCCUUGGGAAUCAUCAUGAUUAUGCAAUUGACCAGAGAAUUCGCCCUCAUUUCUUUUUCUCCUUCCACACAAAAAAAAUACAGGCGGAGGUGCGUAUUGCCUCUCUGGACGACCCCGAGGAUGACUCGCCGUACACUCAGCAGUACGGGCAGUGCGGGGAACCCGGCCAGUACAUUCAGCUCACCUCCAACUUCCUCCUGGCCGACAAAAACCUGGACGCGUACUGCCCACGAGGAAGGGCCUUCGUCCAUGAGUGGGGGCACCUCCGAUGGGGCCUCUUCGACGAAUAUAAUGAAGAUGAGCCCUUCUACUUGCACGGAAAUAAUGUAGAGUUCACAAGGUGCUCCAGAGGCGUCACAGGCGGCACUGGGGUAGUGAGCUGCAGCUCUAUCGGCUCUUGCAAAGUACAGGCGUGCAAGAUCGGAAUUAACGGACUGCCUGAACAGGGCUGCAUGUUCUUCCCCGACAAGGUUCAGAUGGCACGGGAGUCCAUCAUGGCCCUACAAUGGCUUGAUAACGUGGAAGAAUUCUGCACGGUCAACUCGCACAACAGAAAUGCUCCGAAUCUGCAAAACCGACUGUGUAGCUCAAGCAGUGCCUGGGACAUUAUGCAGAAGCAUGAAGAUUUUAAUAACAACGAACCACCCCCCGCUGACGUGCCCACACAGCCGACAUUCAGCCUCCUGCGGCCAUCCCACCGAGUCAUCACGCUUGUUCUGGAUAAAUCGGGCAGCAUGAGUGGGGGAAGUCGUUUGCAGAGACUGCGGCAAGCGGCCGACAUAUUCAUCAUGCAGAUUUUGGAGGAAGGAGAGAUGGUUGGAAUAGUCACUUUUGACAGUUCAGCCCAAACCAAAUGUGGAUUAACACUAAUUACGGACACUGGAAGCCGGGUGGCACUAAAGUCUUGCUUGCCCACAGGUGCAGGGGGCGGAACAAAUAUAUGUGCAGGUGUUUCAAAAGGGUUUCAGCGUCCCUCUGCACAGGUUUUGUCUGGAGAUGACGGUAGUGCCUCCGGAGAUGAAAUUGUCUUAAUGACCGAUGGCGAGGAUGGUGGCAUCAGUUCUUGCUUUGAAGCCGUUCGCACCAGUGGAUGCACCAUCCACACCAUCGCCUUGGGACCAAGUGCAGUUAAAGAACUCGAAAAGCUCGCCGAAUUAUCGGGUGGUUUGAACUUCUUUGCAAGUGAUAACGUGGACGGCAAUGCUCUUGGGGAUGCGUUUACAUCCAUCACUACAGACAACGGAGACUCAGAUGCUUUGGUCAUACAGCUGGAGAGCACCGGUAAAGUUCUCAACAGCAAUCAGUGGAUGGAUGGAGACGUCAACAUCGAUGCCUCUAUUGGGAACAACACGCAGUUCGUGGUCAUCUGGCAGUCAAGUGUCCCAGAGAUGCACAUUACUGAUCCAAAUAAUGUUACCUACCAAAACGGAGACUUCGUCAUUGACGGAACAUUCAAAACUGCAAGGCUGACCAUUCCAGGAAGAGCUAUGGUAUGUUUUGUAUCACGAUUUUUCAGGGUUAAAAAUUAUUGCAUCAGUAACCCUCUCCGGGUGGUGGCAGGUUUAACGACAUUUAUAUUUCCGCAAUCUAACCCAAAAAAAAACAGUAUUAUGAACAAAUACAUUUCAAAACAAAAGUCAUUAUUUCGUUCUCAGACUGGGACGUGGAAAUACUGGCUCAUUAAUAAAGCUGGCAGCACAGACACCCUUACCCUGACGGUCACCAGCAUGGCGUCCAGCAAGGGGGUGCCUCCCAUCACGGUGGAGGCAAACAUGCAGGCCUUUGGCAGCAUCUCUUUGAGCGCCUUGACCAUUUACGCCGAGGUGAAGCGUGGAACCACGCCUGUUGUCGGCGCAAACGUCACCACUCUGAUCGAGAGACCUGGCAGCGCAACGCUCGAGAUUGAGCUGCUGGACAAUGGCGCGAGUGCCGACAUAAAGAAGAACGACGGAGUGUACUCCAGAUACUUCACCCAAUACACGUCGAGUGGCCGCUACAGCCUGAAGGUCAGAGUAGCAGGAAGUAAAGAGGCAACGAGGCUGGCUCCACGCAGAGGCUCCAAGGCCAUCUUCAUUCCGGGCUUUCGAAACGAGAGAUUUGCCGUGGCUCUGUAUCAACAGAAUGAACUCUGGUCUCUCCCACCAGGGGAGCUGGAGAUAACGCAGGUGCCAGCUCCGGCGGUAGGGCAGGUGCUGGUGCCGAGCGAGGACUUCAGUCGAGUGGCAUCGGGAGGCUCCUUCCAGGCAACGGUGCCGCCGGGCGGGCCCCUGGACAUCUACCCUCCGUGCCGCGUGCUGGACCUGACGGUCGAGUUGCUGGCGCUGGGGAUCGUCAGCCUGGCUUGGACGGCGCCCGGGGACGAUGCCGACUUCGGCCAAGCUUCAAAAUAUGAGAUCAUAACGAGCGACAGCAUUGAAGGCUUGCUGAAUGGCACAGAGGAAAUGAUCGUGCCUGAAGACAACGUCACAAUGGGAAACACAAGUGACCCGGCGGUCGCGGGUUCCACUGAAACAUUUGCCAUCUCCAUAGCUGAGCUCCAGCCAGGAAACGGCCUCUAUUUCUCUGUACGAGCCAUCGACAAGAAAAAAACAACAAAGGAGAGAACUCCAACGUGGCGUCCGUGGCACCUGCGGUGAUUGUUGUCCCAACCAAGGCACCAAACGGUGGUGGUCCACCAACAAUAUUUGAACCCGCAUGCACAGUGUACUUUAUGAUAACCAUCAUUACUCUAUUAGUGACAGUGUUCCCUACAUCUUAAACAGCCUGUGAUCUGUUACAGACAAUAAUGAUGAGGAUGGAAAAAGGUGGUCAGAAAAAGCCAGUUUUUUUUGUAACAGCUAAAUGCAUAACUUGUUUAAGAUUUUUUUUGGAAGUAAUAUAUAAAUGCUAGCUUUUGACAAAAAAGUUCCAUGCAGCUAGUGUUUAUAAAUCAUUGAUUUUACAUUUAAUUAAGAUAACUUUUUUAAUGUUGUAAGCAAUUAAGACAAUUUCAUUGCAACAGCAAUACCAUGAUGUAAAUUGGGAUUAGAUUUUUUU